AUGAAUCGAACUUUAUCUAAUUUAAAAAUUAGUUCCUUUUACGAUGUUAAUCAUCUACAAAAAUAUGAACUCUGCCGAAAAGAAUCUCCGUGCUAUCUUCUCAGUCCUCCGCCACGUCCACCAUCAAUACCUGAAUUAUUUUUAACAACAACAUGUAAAUUAUCGUCGAGUUCAUCUUCAACAUUAACAAAUCUUCGUCAACGUUCAACAACAGAUUCAUCGUAUUUAACCAUUAUUUCAAUUAUACUUGGUAUAUUAAUCGCUUUAACUUCAACUUGUCUCAUAUUAUUUUUACUCGGUGUUAAAUUUCGAUUUCAUUAUAAAUUAAAAUAUCGUCAUCGUCGCACAACAGACGUGAACAGCGUGAAUAGUAGCAUACGAGAAACCAACAACAGUGACGUGACUUUUAUCAAAGCGACAAAUACAAAUGGCAACUUUGGAAGCAAUAGUAGUAAUGGCGGCGCCGACGGAUGUACAUCAUUCUCGAGUGUAUUACCUAUAGCAUAUGAAUGUUCAACUCCUUUAACAACUACAACCAUGGCUAAUAAUCAAUAUCCAUCAUUAACAAUGACAAAUAAUUCGAAUUUAAGUCUUCACAUGAUACAUAGUCAACAAUAUCGAACAUCUAAUGAAACGUCACUAUCUCAUCUUGAUUCAACAAAUAUUUAUGAAGAGAUUCGUCCACCAUUUGAUCGUCAUUCGUGUUGCUGUUGUUGCUCAUGUACUCUCGCACAUUAUCAAAAACAACACUGUAUUUCAAGUAACCAUCAAUUAACACCACAUUAUUAUACAUGUGAACCACAACAGCCAUCAUCGAAUAUUGUAUGUCAAACUUGUUUAAUAGAAUCUUUUCAUCGAAAACAAAAUUCAACAUUAACCAUGAACUGUGUUUGCCGCAAUUUCUUUGUACCGAUCAAAUAG